CGGGCUCCUUUCCAGCCAGAGAGGUGACAUUCCAUGUCCCAAGAGCCAGCUUCUGCAGCCGGGGAUCAGACCGCCAAGGUCCCUGCCUUUGGCCGCCGCCCAGCUCGCACUGCACCCGACCCCUUUGGCCCCUCCCACAGGUGGUGAGCCCAUGGGAAGGGGGACCCACAUUUCCUUUUUGGGCUUUGCCCGGCCGGGCCCCAUGGGCGAAGGCCCGGCCACCAGACGCUCGCCUUCGAGCCCCGCCUCCAGGCCUGGCUCCAGAGGGGGGCCCCGGUGACCCGCGUCCGGGCGAGGGAAAUCUGUUUCCAUAUAUAUUCUUCAUCAUAAGGGGCUUUUUGAGGGGGAUGCUUUGAGAAUAAUUGUCAAUUUCUGUCUAUGUGAAGCCCUUUGAGACUGCUUGUGAUUUAGGGCUAUACAAAUAAACUUGACUUGACUUGAUUGUUCUGGUGUUUUUUUAACUCGGCUGUAUGUAUUUGUUUGUUCACGCUGAUUUCUCCGACUGCCCGAAAUUUUCCAUAUUCUCAGUUUAUGUGUAUAUCUGUCAUCACAGGGACACGAAGAAAGAAUCCAAUCUGGCGAAAGCCCGUGCGGCUCUGGACUCAGAGGCCACAGAGCGUGAACGUCUGCAGGUGAAGUUGUCCAAGCUGAAGAUUGAUUUUGACGAGCUGGAAGCAAGGGACACGAAGAAAGAAUCCGAUCUGGCGAAAGCCCGUGCGGCUCUGGACUCAGAGGCCACAGAGCGUGAACGUCUGCAGGUGAAGUUGUCCAAGCUGAAGAUUGAUUUUGACGAGCUGGAAGCAAGGAAGUCGCAUCACAUUCAAAUCCUUAAAGAUGAGCUGGAGUUUGAAAAGAAGCUGCAUUCCGCGGACUUGCGCAUGGUCCAAAGCCAGCACGAGUCUCGCAUGGUGGAGUUAGAAGCCGGCCAAAAAGUGAAAGAUCUGGAGGAGGCUCUGUCUACAGAGAGGGAGCGGACCCAGAACAAGGAGGAGAGGGUACGCCAAACCAUGUCGGCCAGCAAAAAGAGGAAACGUCCGAAGGACAGCGAGGGUUUGAGCUCGGGGGGAUGCAAUGUGCCUCGUCCUAAAAUCGCCCAGCAGGUCACUGUGGAUGAGCAGCAGGUCACUGUGGAUGAGCAGCAGGUCACUCUGGAUGAGGUGGACUCGUACGGCAAAUAUGUCAGACUCCGCAAUACAGUUGAUGAGGAUCAGAAUUUGGGGAACUGGCAGGUGAAGCUCCAGAUUGGAUCUUCUGCUCCCAUUGUAUUCAAGUUUGCCGCAGAAUUCAUCCUGAAGGCCCACGAGAGUGUCACGAUCUGGGCGGCUGACGCUGGCCGAAACCACAAUCCUCCCUCUGAUCUAGUCUGGGAGACACAGUCCAACUGGGGACCCGUAGGCCAGGUCCACUUUACCUUGAUCAACGCCAACGGAGAGGAAAUAAGGAUGAGCAAAGCCACUGGCGCACGUUUGGAAGAUGAUGAUGGAAAUUCCACUUCCACCAUGGGAUAGAGGAAAUGUAAUUUCGGUUUCUUGUGUGUCUUGACAUAUGAAGGGAUUGACAAUAAAGCAGACUUUGACUUUUGACAUGGUCACAUUAUAAAAAUAUUGUAUAAAUUACAAUUAAAUGGGCUUUUUUUAAAUAAAAUCUGCUCCGACCUGUUGUGAAAUUUAAUUGAAAUAAUUGAAAUAAAGUUGUUGUUCUUUAAAAAUGA